GGCCCGACGGCGCGCGCCCCCGACAGCCCGCACCCCCGAGCAGCGUCUCCGACAGCGCGCGCCCAGCGCCGGCGCUCGUUCGUCCUCACAUCGGGAGCGAAGCGAGAGGUGGACGCCCCGGCGCCCUGCUAGAGGCGCCAGAAGCCCCUGAGGGAGGCGCGCGCCCGCCGGAAGCCGCGCCCCCGACGCGGCCCACAGCCCGAGGCGCCGGAAGUGGUCGCGGUCGCGCUGCUUCCGGUCUGCGGGAGGCGCUCCGGGCGGGGGCCGCGGGGGAGGCGAGUUGCCGACUGGCCGAAGGCCGGCACCUAUGGCGGAGGGCGGCGGGCGGGCCGGACCUGGGCUCGCAGGUCCGAAUCUGAAGGAGUGGCUGAGGGAGCAGUUUUGUGACCAUCCGCUGGAGCACUGUGAGGACACGAGGCUCCACGAUGCAGCCUACGUGGGGGACCUCCAGACCCUCCGGAGCCUGCUGCAGGAGGAGAGCUACCGGAGCCGCAUCAACGAGAAGUCUGUGUGGUGCUGCGGCUGGCUGCCCUGCACACCACUGCGCAUCGCGGCCACUGCAGGCCACGGGAACUGCGUGGACUUCCUGAUCCGGAAGGGGGCUGAGGUGGACCUGGUGGACGUGAAGGGACAGACGGCCCUGUACGUGGCCGUGGUGAACGGGCACCUGGAGAGCGCCCAGAUCCUUCUGGAAGCCGGCGCCGACCCCAAUGGAAGCCGGCACCACCGCAGCACCCCUGUCUACCACGCCUCCCGGGUGGGCAGGGCAGACAUCCUGAAGGCCCUCAUCAGGUACGGGGCCGAUGUCGAUGUCAACCACCACCUGACUCCUGACGUCCAGCCGCCUUUCUCCCGGCGGCUCACCUCCUUGGUGGUCUGCCCCCUGUACAUCAGCGCAGCCUACCACAACCUCCAGUGCUUCAAGCUGCUCCUGCAGGCUGGGGCAAACCCGGACUUCAACUGCAAUGGUCCCGUCAAUACGCAGGGCUUCUACAGGGGCUCCCCCGGGUGCGUCAUGGAUGCCGUCCUGCGUCACGGCUGUGAGGCGGCCUUCGUUAGCCUGCUUGUGGAGUUCGGAGCCAACCUGAACCUGGUGAAGUGGGAAUCCUUGGGCCCGGAGUCGAGAGGCAGAAGGAAGGUAGACCCUGAGGCUCUGCAGGUCUUUAAAGAGGCCAGAAGUGUCCCCAGGACCUUGCUCAAUCUGUGCCGCGUGGCCGUGAGAAGAGCGCUUGGCAAAUACCGACUCCAUCUGAUUCCCUCGCUGCCUCUGCCAGACCCCAUAAAAAAGUUUCUGCUGUAUGAGCAGAACUCACGAGCAGCGGCUGACUGCAGCGAGGAGGAAGCAGUCUCCAGAGCCAGUCGACACCGGUUCCUGCCCCUGUGACCACGUCCUGUGCUGCUGCCUAAACCCCACCUGGCUGCUGGUGAAGCGGAAUCAGCCUCGUCCUCAUGGACUGUAUCCCAUCUCAGGUGCUUGGGGCGUCGGACAGUCCUUAGAAUAAAACGUCAGCUGCCCUUUUGUCAAAGCACAGAAUUUCUUAUUGAGUUUGCCUGUCUCUGAAAUCCAGCGUCGGGGACCCGCAGUCUCGCUACCGUGUAUGUUUACGUGCCGAGGAAUUUCUCUCGGAGUCUUGAAACAGCCUGUACGUGGUUGAAGGAGAGCCCAGCGUCUGCUCUGCCUGGUAGACCAAGAACAAGCCCUGAGAUCACUGUGUGAGCUGUUAGGAAGUGCGUGCUUGUGUCCUGCCCACCACAGAGCAACGACCCUGGGGUGAUGGGCCUCUGGCCUCCCCGAAUCCCCUAAGAGACACUCCCGGGAGGUUCGUGUGGACUCCUCAGCGAGGCUGCCCCUGACCUCAGGCCUGGGCACCUGAGGCAUCCCCGAGCGCUGGCGCUGGUGCUGGUGGUGAGCCUUCUGGCGCCGGGGCUGCCGGCUUCUGCUUGUGCCCCUCUCAGCCGCCUGCCACUCAGCGGCCAGUCCCGAGUGGUCUGGAUUCCCCGCCAGCUUGGAAGUGCCUCAUCUGGCCCCAUGACCUCUCUCUCCUUGCUCGCUUAUGCCUCACUUCCCUCCUCAUCCCCCGCCCCCAGCCUGACUCUCUUGAUGUGGAAUAAAAUAACUGAUGUGCACACAUGAGUGGUUAGUGGGAUCAUGUCCUAGGAGAAUUCCACGGGGGGGACGUGCAGAGUUUGAAGUGCAGUGACGUGCGGAAUAUAUGCUAUAAAUUCUAGGAAGACAGUCGGAUGGAAAAGAGAGGCGGGGGGGAAGGGUGACUUCUGUUGCCUUAACUUGUAAUCGCUCAGUGUCUGGAAUGCAUGGGGAGCUUUUCUUUUUUAAGUUGCUUGGAUUUCAGAUCUCUCCCAAGUGACGUAUGCGUGUGCACCCAUGCAGUUUAGUGUGGUAUUUGUGGGCACGGCUCUCCUGUGUAUAACAUCAGUUUGCUGCUGUGAUUUAGCCAGCAGUGCCCCUGCUCCACCCUGCGUGUUUGCACAGCUCCCGCUGCUUCUGUCUGGUGUCGGCACGUGAGGUGUGACACGCGCUGGGGCCCGUGUGCCUGCACGCAUGCUGAAGGGGAGUGCUGACCGUCAGCCCUCAGCUUCUCCUUCCUCCUCUGGUCAUGACUGCGUGCUUGCCCGCAGCAGCUGGGACCAUGACUGUUCUUUGCACUUGUGCCUGGUUAAGAGCUUUCAGAAAUACAAUGGACAUCUUUGAUGUGUUAUUGUAACUUUAGUAAAUGCUUUAUUCCCCUUUAAUUCCCCCCAAUGCCUUAAUUUAGUGCACUGUUUAUCUCAUUGGAUAGAAUAAUUGACCAUGUGAAAUCUUUGUACAUGAACUUCAGGUAGAAGAAGCUGGCUCUCUGGAGAGUUCCUAAUUCGCAGAGAAGGGCUUAUUUAGCACAGGAGUUUUAAACUGCUCUGGGGGACCCUGGCGCUCUAGGGAGGCACCCAAAAUGUUGCACAGGUUUAAACUGAUGGAUGAGCCUGUUUUACUUGGUGGGGUUUCUAGUUUGAAGAGAGUGUGCUCCUAAAAGUGUGUGAAACACAUGGCUUUCAGUCAGGGUGACACUGUCCCUGCAGUGCUCUGUUGGGUGGGGAGGUGGUGGAGACUGCGGGCCCCUGUUCUUUGUGACUUAGUUUGAAAGUGGGAUGGUGUGGUGUGAAGCUUUGGGAAUGAAUGAACUAAAUAAAGCAUUUAUUCAUCUCUCAGUGACUCCCUGGCAUGUCUCUCUGUUUGCUGUUUCCGAUGUUUUCUUUGUUCCUCACACUGAUGCCCAACCCCCUACCCCCGUAUGUACACUUCUCCUGCUCUACUGAAAGAUGGCCUCACUUUCAGUCUACCUCAAAACCAGCUGCAUCUGUGUGGCAGAGAUUGCUGGUUUUCCUUCAUUGUCUCCCUCUGUGAUAACAGAACCACAGUUCUAGGUGGAGACUUGAAUUCUCUGAAUAGGUCUUCAUUUCCCAGACUUCUUACAGCUCGAUGUGGCCAUUUACCAUAGCUCCUUCCUGAAAUCCCAUUAAAGUUACAGGGAAUUUUAAUUUUUUUAAAAGGCAUAAAUCCACUAGGAUGACUAUAAAUAGCAACAAAAUUUUGGAACCUCUCAAGAAAACAGAUGAAUGGUAACUGACUUAGAAAUACCCGAGGAGACAACGUUGUAAAAAAGAAAUGAGAGCAUCUGAGAAUCUGAUUUUAUUGCAAAGCUCCCAGAGGCUCUGGGAUUGGCAGUUCCAGGUGCCUCUAGAAGUGGUUGUGAAAGAGUGAAAGCAGGAGGGCUGGCUGAAGGCCCUUUUCAGAAGCAGUUACAACUCUCCACUCCACACAGUUGAGCAGUUGUUCCUGCCCCAGCCCGGCGGGAGACUGAGGGAGGCGAGACAUCGGCCUUCAGUAUGUAAAAUCCUCAGCUCAGAAACAGGCUGUAUCCUCCAGGCAGGAAAUACAGGAGAAAGAGACUUCUUGAGAGAUCUCACCAGCCUAAAAGGAAACACCUAAAGAUACCAAUACUGAAUGUGGCUAAAGAAAAUCACACACUUCUAACAGUGGAUUCCAGUAAAUAAUUCAAGAAAAUUCUGAGAAUGAAGGCUAUGUUUCCAAAUUACAAGGAUUGGCCAAGUACUAACCACGGCUGGUGACCAGCCAGGGCACAUCACUGUGGAAUUUCAGAGUGCUGGGGAGAAAAGAUUCUAUAACUUCUGGAGCGGAUAAACAGGUCACAUACAAAGUAUCAGGAAUUAAAAUAGCUUUGGAAUCCUCAAAUGUCACAUUGGAUAACAGAGGAAUUGGGACCUUUCAGAAUUCUGAAGGAAAUGCAUAUAAAAGUCAUGCUAAAAAGACCUGUAGUUUCUUUAAAAAUGUAUGUUCCACACACCCUUUCUUAAGAAACUAUUAGAGGAUGUACUCUUCCAGAACAAAGGGGUAAACGAAGAAAGGAGAAAACCUGGUAUUCAGGAAAUGUGGAUCCAACGCAAAGAGGCAAGGUGACUCCCAGGAACACAGUGAAAGCCUUGAGGACGACAGCUGUGCAUCAGGCACAGAAGGCACCCGAUCGAGACUAGAUGUGAGGGGCUGAGGCCCCAGAGAAGAUGCCUUAAUUAUUAGAAUAACUGUUGUCUCUGAACAUGUUUAGAUAGGAGUUGGGAUUGAUUUAUUGACAAGUACCUAGGAAACCAAGGGACAUAACUCCAAGGAAAACAAAAGGUUGGGCAAGAAAGAAAAAGUUACCACGGUAAUACUAGAUGCCUCAGCUGUGACUAGUAUUUACACAGUCCUAAUAACAUGCACCUACUACCAUAAACGCUAUUGGGGGGAUGGAGGGUGGGGAAGUGUGUGUGGGUGAAAGCUAAAUAAUAAAGAGCAGAAUUCAUUACAACCAACAGAGGGCAGCAGCAAAGCCCAAAGCUGCUGCUUUCUAAGGAAAAAAUGGACACACCUCCAGAGAGACUAAUCAAGACAAAAAGGACAUACAAAUCGCUUAAAAAUUUAAAAGGGCAAUUUUAUAGGUCAUAUAAAAAGAUAAGGGUAUAUUAUAAACAACUUUACGAUAGUAAAUGUGAAAAUUUAGAGGAAAUGGACACAUUCCUAGAAAAUAGAAUUUACCUAAUUUAUGGAAGUACUCGGACAGCCGCGGGGGCAGCUACCGCCCGAAAGGAAGUGGCAUUUGAGUACUUGACGCGGAAAUCUUGGCGCGUCUCCUUUAAGAGGAGGUGAAGCCCCGCCCCACGUGGGAACGCCAUUUCUCAGCGCCCGUUGUGAUGUACGUCACGACGUGGAGGGCCAAUGAGGACCCGGGGGGUGGGGCGUUCCUGUGCGUGUGGACGAGGUGGGGGCCGGACUUCCGGAGCCGUUCUCCUGGGAUCCCGUCGGGUCGGGGGUAGGCUCUCGCCCGAAGGACCCGAGAGCUGGGUGGGGUGGUCCUGGAGGAUUCUCGGCUGGGGCUCCCCUGGCGGCAGGGCCGCGUGGUCUCCGAGGAUGUGGCCUGUGCUUCUCCCAGGAGGAGUGGCCCGGCGCCUGCUGCGUGGAGGUUGGACGUGGGGGAACUUGGCACCUGCGGCCCAGGGUGGUCGGUGUGGCGUAGAGCGGGAGGCACCGGCCGAGCGGGGCGCUUUUGUAAGCGCAUCUCAGGUCAGGACGCCCCUCGCAGGUCCGUCUGCUUGGGCGCGUUCCCUGAGAUGUGUGGCCCAGGCUGGAAAGACGAGUUGCUCCUGGCUGAGCACCGGGGAGCCGCCGCGGGCAGAAGCUGCAGUGAGGAGGCGUGUGGGAGAGGCUUCGGCCUCAGCGCUCCCGGCCCCAAAGCAGCCCAGCCGAGAGAAACCCAGCAGAGGCGGGCAGGGUAGGGCCUCGUGGCGAGGCACUGUGGAUCCACGUGUCAGAGAAGCCCUUAGUGUGCGGGGAGGACGGGUCCAGCGCCGGCCUCCUCCAGCACCAGGACGGGGAAGGCCGGCAGGAUCGCCGCAGGCUGGGAGGCCGCUCACCCCGGACUGUACGGCAAGUGGGAGGGAGCCUACGGCCGCCACACCGGGGCAGGUCUGAGUGCAGGUAACCCCCGCCUCUUUCAACGGCGGAGAAUCCACGCUGGAGAAGAGCCUUAUGAGUGCAGCCGCCGUGGGAAGGAUGCAUUCAGCGAAGGAUACACUCUUGUUUGGCACCAGAAGGUUCACAGCAGAAAGGCCUGGGACUUCCCUGGCGGUCUGGUGGUUAGGACUCCGCGCUUCCACUGCAGGGGGCACGGGUUCGAUCCCUGGUCGGGGAACUAAGAUCCCCGCAAGCCAAAGGGCGCAGCACCGCCCCCGCCCUCCCCCCCCCCAAAAAAAGCCUGAUGAGUGCAGUAACAUAAGAGAACCUUUAGCGACAUCUCUAAGCUCAGUCGGCCUCAGAAAGUUUAUACUAGAGAAAGUCCCUUUGAAUGCAUGGAAUGAAAGCGUUUUGCCAAAGGUGUGCUGUGAUUUACACUGGAAGUUCACCGCCCAGAAAAGUGUUAGGAGUGCAGCAAACGUGGGAAAACCUCCUGCCAAAACGUCAAUCUUGUGCUGCAUGGAAGUCUGUUGAGUAUGUCCAGUGUGAGAAAGCGUUAAGCUGCAGGUCCAACCCCAUUCACCCCUGGAAGGUUCACUCUCGAGGAAGACCUCAUGGAUGCAGAGAUGGGGGAAGGCCUUCCACCCAAGAGGCUUCUUCAUUUAGCAGCAGAACGUUCGCGGUAGGGAGGCCUAUGAGUGCAGCCGAUGUGAGAAAACCUUCAGUCAAGGGCCUCACCUCGUAAAGCAUCACGAAGUUCAUGCUGGGGAAAUGCCUUAAGUGUGCAGGGAACGUGCUCUCUCCUCGUUCAGCGGAACAGGACGCGUGCCAGAGACGAGGUGGGGGAGCCUCUGUGAGGAUGCCCUUGGCUGGAAGCAGAGCUUCGUAGGGUCAAACGGGAUAUUCCUGAUGAGUGCUAGGUGUGUGGGGAGCUUUCGGGUGCUCUCACCUGCCCCGGGGCCCUUGCCAGAGUUCUUUCGCUGGCAGGGCCCAUGACAGAAGCCAUCUCACCACUCUGCCAGCUGGGAGGGACUCGUCACCUGUGCUCGUUCCAGUCCCUGGAGGGACCCAUGAGCAGCCUGGGCCUGUUGAUGGGCCUCGUCUCCUUCCUGACUAGUUAGGGCGUGGGUGUGACCCAGCAUUGGCUAGGAGGACCUCAGCUGGGUCCUUUCCGUGGCUCUCAGGGAUGGUUUACCUUUUUUCAGGGACCUUGUUGGCCUCAUGUGACUCUCUAUGGAUUUGUCCAGCUUCCAAGUCAGACUUCCAGGGGAACUGCCUGCCUCCCAUUAGUCUGCUGGGUGUGGAAAUAAAGGCCUUGUAACUGAA